AUGGGCUGGGGAGGCGAAAGUACAUCGUCCAUGGAACUGAAGCCGUCGCUUUUGCAGGAGAUUCGCAGGUCAAAUAAGGAAGAACAAGCCUUUGGAAUCAUUCAUGACGAUUUUCGUCCUGAGAACAUUCUUUGGAAUGAAGAGGUUGGGCGGGCGUUGAUUAUCGACUUCCACCGCUCUAUGUUGAAAAAAAAAGUCGGCAAACUUCAAAAAGAUCACGAGCAGUAA